AUGGCAGGCAAUAAUUGGUAUACGUUUGGCGUCGCCUUGUUUGCUGCCAUUGGAACAUUUCUCUUUGGCUUCGACACCGGCAUUGCCACCACAACAAUCGCGCAUCAAAGUUGGAUUGACUACAUGGGCCAUCCUUCCAAUGGUUUGACCGGUGCAGUGGUAUCAGUCUACAUUGCUGGUGAAGCCCUUGGGGCUCUCACGCAGACGUUUAUCGGUGACCGGCUCGGUCGUAUCCGCUUCAUGCAGCUCGAAUGCAUCAUCGUGACAAUUGGGUGCACAAUUCAAACAGCUUCCGUCAACAUUGGCAUGUUUUUGGCUGGUCGUGCUUUGGCCGGUUAUGCUGUUGGUGGUAUGGUGGCUACAGUCCCCGUCUACCUCUCCGAAAUUUCGUCACCGAAAUCUCGUGGUCUUAUCGGCGGUAUUUCCGGCGUUGGCAUCGCAUUCGGAACCAUGGCAUCCAACUGGGUCGGCUUCGCAUGCUCCUACGCAACCAACGGCACUGUACAAUGGCGUUUGCCACUUGGCAUCCAAUUACCCUGGGGCAUAAUUAUGUUCAUUGGAUUAUCUACUUUCAUGCCUAACUCACCUCGUCAGCUUAUCCGACAGGGAAAGAUUGAGCAGGCUAGAAGGGAGUUUAUCACAAUUCGACGUGAUUUGCAUUCGCAUGAAGUGCACGAAGAGUUUGCCUUGAUGAGGGCUCAGAUUGAGUAUGAAAUGCAGCGAGAGCUCAAGUCAUACAAAGAUAUUUUCAAGCUGUAUCGUCAUCGUGUGCUAGUUUCUAUUGCUGCGCAGACUAUGACUUCUUUGACUGGUGUCAAUGUUAUUCAGUACUAUCAAACCACUCUCUACAAAUCCCUCGGUAUCAAUGCCAAACUCAUCCUCGCCCUCUCUGGUGUCUACGGCACAAUUGCCUUCCUAGCCAAUACCCUGACUACCAAAUAUCUCACUGAUCAAUGGGGUCGACGAAAGAUGAUCCUCGCUGGUCUCGGAGGUAUUAUUCUCAUCGAAAUAUACGCUGCUGUUAUGCAACGCGAAUUCCAGAAUACGAAUAACCGAGUCGGGAAGGGAUUCGCCAUUUUGGGUAUCUACCUAUUUGUGGUUUGUUAUUAUGGCAUGCUCAACAGUACGACAUGGAUCUACGGCGCAGAAGUCCUGCCUAUCAACAUGCGAAGCAAAGUCAUGGGCCUGGCCGCUGCGUCCCAUUUCAUCGUCAACGUCGGCAUCACCGAAGCCGGUCCCAGUGCCUUUGCAAACAUUCACGAGAAUUAUUACUACGUCUUUGUGGCGUGUACAGCGUUCUUCCUGACUGUUGCUUAUUUCUAUUUCCCUGAGACAAAACAGAGAACUUUGGAAGAAAUUGCGGCCGCUUUCGGCGAUCGGGUCGUUGAAGUGGAAGAUGUUGACAUUGCUACUGAAGAAGCUAUUACGGCCGCCAAGAAUCAGAGUGAGCAUCUUGAAUGA